GUCCGUCAAUGCAAAGGCUUUGGGGAGAGGCGCCUACUUUGCUGAGACCUCCUGCCUUGCCGACAAGUAUUCUCCGCUUGGCCCUGACGGCCUUCACUCUCUUCUCCUUGUCCGGGCGGCUUUGGGCCGCGUGUAUGUCGAGACGCGGUACACCAAAUGGCGCGGCGGCAGGCUGAAGCGGAUGGUUUCUGCCAAGAACGUGGUGAAGGAGGGGAAGUACGACAGUGUGUUGGGCGAUCGGAGGUAUGCCUUCAACACGGAUGCACGCGAGUAUUGUGUGUCCAACACUAGCCAGCUCUAUCCGGAGUACAUGUUGCUUUAUUCGCGGGAGGAUGAUGCUGCAACUCUGCCAGGACAACCAGGGAAGUGA